AUGCUGCGUUUCUUCGAGCCGGACGCAAAUACCAGAUGGCUGGCUCCCAACCCUCCGCCGCCGCCGCAGCGCACCACCAGCUCCGCCGUGCCGGCGGAGUAUCCGGCGUUGACCGCUCGCCGGACCUCUUCUCUUCCGGCGACCGUUAAUCUCGUGAAGGACAGAUGGCAUCCCUCGCACUCCGUAAAAAAUGCCUUCAGCGGCUGCGGUGGUGGUGAUGGUGGCGGGGGGAACUCUUGGCAGGAUUCCGGCGUUUUCCGCCGCCAAGCCUGCACGGAUCCAUUUCUUGAAAAACUUCAAGGUGGAAGAAGCUCAUCAAUGGCGGCAGAAAACAGAGGGAAAUCGAACCGGCAUGAGGAGAUGAUGGAAGAUUGGAGGAAGCGAGGAAGCACAGUUCAUGAAGAAGAGAGCAAGAAAAUGGGAGAUCACAAAAGACAGAAAAUCAAUGGUGAUGAGAACCUAUUUUUUCUACCAUCAUUUGAUCCAGUAAUUUCUUCUUCUUCGAGGAUGAGAGCGACGAUCAGCCAGACAGUAAAAGAACCAGUGAAGAACCAGAAGCUUGGGGAUAAGAUCACUGCUCUUCAACAGCUGGUUUCACCCUUUGGAAAAACGGAUACUGCAUCAGUACUUCAGGAGGCCACCAUUUACAUCAAGGCACUUCACGAACAGAUAAAUUUUCAGAUAUUGAGCAGACGUCGUUUUGAAACAAGCUCUUCAGGCAAUAAUAUUCAGGUACAAAUAUCAGCUUCAAUUGGGAAUGUAGAUGUUGGGCGAUCAAGAUUGUACGAGUGGGGGCUUUGCAUCAUCCCGGUCUCUUCGGCGGUGGCCAACUUUGCAAAUCAAGAAUGUCCGGAUCAUCCCAUGAGAGAAUUAAUGAAUCAACUUAAUUGA